AUGGACUCACUGAGCGACACACACGGCCGCUCUUUCGUGGAAGUGAUUGUGGAAAAAUACAGCCCUGAGAACUUCCCCUAUCGCCGAGGCCCUGGGGUUGGUGUAGUCAUAAUCACCACACCUCAAGGCUCUCCCAUGAAAGAUCGUCUUAACUUGCCGAGAGUGCUGGUGUUAGAAGGCUCUGGCAUCAGUCGAGCUGGAGACCAAACAGAAAUUGCAGCUUUCUGUGCACAUAUCAGUAAAAUUGUUUCCAAUAUCCCCAACCUGGACUUCCUGAACCUGAGCUCCAACCCGCUGGCCACAGUCCCUCUGGAGGCUCCGUGCGUCGAGGCCUUCGCUGGCGUCCGGUGCCUGGUCCUCGACAACACCCAAGUGUCCUGGGACACCGUGCUUCAGCUCACACAGGAGCUGCCUGAGUAA